GUGGUUUGGAUUCCGGCCUGGUUUUCUGGCUGACAAGGCAUGCCUCAACAUUUUAUGAAUUUUUUCAGUGAUAAAAAAAAUUUCGUAAUAGAAUAAAAACACUUUAAAUGAAUUAUUUUUAAUUUAUACGACAAGUUAAUAAUAUUUAUUUUGUCCAUACUGUACAUUAAUAACAUUUGUCAAUUAAGAAACUUUUAGGCCCACAAAUAUUAAUUUAAAUAAUUUUUAGGUAAUUGCAAAAUACCUAGCUAGAUUGAUUUUCUUUUAGGACAUGAUGCAGACAAUUCACAAUAGUAUUGCAAGUCUAAACUAAGGCACAUCCAUUAGUUCGAAUUCGAUGUUAACUCCAAAAGACAAAAAAAAAAAAACCAAAAUAAAAAUAAAAAAUCGACGAAUAGGGUGGAAACUGGUGAUUUUUCUCAAGAGAAGAUUAUUAUAGUAUAAAAGGUAACCCGCGAGACUCCGUAAAAAUUUGAAUUUUUUUUUAGGUCACUAGUAUUUUGGAAUAAAUAUAAUCAGUAAGCUAAACUUGGAAAAAGAAAAAAUAAUCCAAAAAAUGGGUCGGAGCCGGAGCCGAAGCUUAUCACGGUCGCCGUCCUCUCGCUCCCGGUCACCAGUCAGUCACAAGUACAGCAGCCGGCACCACCGGAGAGACCGCAGCGGCUCUCGUUACUCCAAUUCUCACAGGCGAAGGAGCCGUUCAGCUACUCCUCGGAGACGUAGAAGUGGGUCACCGAAUUUGCGGCGCCGAAAGAGCCGGUCUCCAUCACCUAGGCGUCAUCGGAGACGGAGGAGCAGAAGUGAUUCGUUGUCACCGAGUAAGAGUAACAAGUCUCCAACUCCUAGUCUUACUUCUUCAGAGAAAAAAAUUGCCAUCGACAAGUCAAGGAAAGAGGAAGAAGAGAGGAAAAGGCAACAACAAGAGGAAGAGCUCAAACGAUUAGAAGAGGAGACUGCAAGGCGGUUAGCAGAAGAGAUUCGGAAAAAGGUAGACGAAAAGUUGGCGUCUGAAGAAGUUAAGUUGGAAAUAGAGAGAAGAGUAGAAGAAGGCACCCGAAAAUUAUUUGAUGACGUUGAAUCUCAACUUCAAAAGGAAAAAGAAGCCCGCCUUGCAGAGGCAAGGCAGAAAGAAGAACAAGCUCGAAAAGAGAGGGAGGAACUUGACAAGAUGCUCGAGGAAAACAGAAGACGAGUAGAAGAGGCUCAGAGGAUGCUAGCCUUGGAGCUGCAGCGGAAAGAGGAAGAACGGCAUAGGGAGCUGGAGUUGAUUCAGAGACAAAAAGAAGAGGGGUCUAGAAGGAAGAGAUUGGAAGAUGAAGACGAACGUGUGACUAGGUUGAUGUCAGCAGGCAACAGUAGAUCUCGGUCGAGGUCAAUUGGUCUGUAGUUUUUGUUUGCGGAGAUUAACAUGACAAUAAGCGGGACUGAAAAUGAGGCUUUUCAUUUGUUUCAAAGGAUCUACCACUCUACCUCUUCUUAGAUUAUGCUUUCCAAGUGAAGCCCUUCGGCGGUCGCACAUUGCUGAGGAAAAUGUCUACCAUUCUUUCUCUUUUUGAAACAAAACCUUUUACAUGGUGCGUGAAUGUUUUUAACUUGUAAACCUGAAACGAACAUUUGCGAUUUCUCGUGUUCGAGCAACGAUAAAUUUUAACAAAAUUGUCAAAUUAGAGCUUUUUCACAUAUAUAUAUAUAUAUAUAUAUA